AUGUAUGUGACUAGGCCUCUUUCGAUGUACAAAAGAAAUCCCUCAGCUCUUUCGUCAGCUCCUCCUGAAGCUUCAAAUUCUGGUAUUUUGAUACUACAAGAUGACGAAGUUGAUCUUACUUGUUGUUUUUGCUGCUCCAAGAUCGAUUUUGUCAAAGACCUGCCUUUCCCGCAGAACAAGAAUCUAACAGUUAGCUACACCACAACCACAGGUAGUAAUGGACAGAGUAAUAAUGGACAGACGACUAUUAACAGUAGUAACCAAGCUAUCUUCAUCCCUGUGCUUAAUCAGCCACUGUCUUCCAACCGAUACUACGUGAUCGAGCGUCAAGGGAAGCAUAAAGGACAUAAUCCGGAUAAGGAACCGCAGUCUUUCGACCCCAAGGACGUGUACGAGCAAUUUGAGAUUAGCAAGAUGGCUCCAGAUGGCAUCCCUCCAUAUUUCUUAAGGAGAAAAGGCUGGACAGUGUCAACCUCAACUGCACGUGAUUUUGAAUUGAAGGAAGCAGCAGGCCUUGACAGAAAUCUCCGAGCCCGCCUUCCAGAUUUCCACCUGCCAUUAUCACAAAGAAUUUCUGCACCUGUUGUUGUAGGAAACUGGUAUUGUCCUUUCAUGUUUAUCAAAGAAGGAAAACUGAAGGACCAGAUGAGUAUUUCAAGGUACUAUGAAAUGACACUGGAACAAAGAUGGGAACAAAUUUUCGCAAGUGAAUAUAAUUCUAGUGAAGGCAACUCUGUCGUUGUGGAUGCUGUUGUUCAAAGAGAAACGGUUGCUGUUGCAGGUAGAGAAGCUGCACCUGACAAAAGGAAUGCAGUUGAUGGGGUGAUGUGGUUUAGGAGCUCCGGCGAUGUUGGAGGAGAAGCAAGUGUGGGGUUGAGUUUAGAAAUUGUGGGGGGGAUUAAGUGGGAGCAAGAAAGAGCUGGAUGGCAUGGUGGCGGCGGGAGUGAUGUUACGGUGAAGAGAGUGGAGGAGUUCGGAGGGGUUGGUGGCUGGAAGAAAUUUGGAUGUUAUGUGUUGGUUGAGAGGUUUGUGUUGAGGAGAAUGGAUGGAAGCUUGGUGCUAACUUAUGACUUCAAGCACACUCAUCAAGUUAGGAGCAAAUGGGAAUGA